UAUAUGUUGUGGUGCAUAUUUUGUGUAUUUUACUUUAGGAUUUCAAAAAGCUAUAGAGUAUAUAAAUAAAAUGAGCGAAAACGUUCAUUUUUUAAUAAAAGAAAGUUUAUUUGAAUGGGUUGCUGGUAUAAGUUACUUACACUCAGAAGAAAAGAUCAUACAUAAUUGUUUAGAAGUUGCAAUUUCAGAAUAUCCGAAUAAUAGUAAAUUAUUAUUGGCAUAUGUGGCAUUACCUUUACAUUGGACAAAAAUAAAAGGAGUUCUUUCACACAGUAUUUUAGGGGUUACUCUUUUAAUGUGUUUUGCGAAGUUGAAAGAAUCAAUAGCUUUUGAUGAUACAGAAAGAAUUGCAUAUAAAAACAGGCAAUCGUCUAUCAUAAAUGAAGUAAUGAAAGAUGAAUAUUUAACUCAAUGUCCUUUUAUCUGGAAGAUAUAUUUGCAAUUUUUAUAUGAGAAUGGAUCUGAAAAAAUUAUGGAUACUAUGACACAAGCUAUCGAAAAAUAUCCUUGGUUGAAGGCUUUUUAUGUGUCCGGUGUCAGAUAUGUUCCACAAGAGCAUUCUGCUUUCCAAGACAUUAUUGCUGAGAAGGAAUUAACAUUGCUCGCAUUGACAGAAGAAUUGGAGAUUCUACGACAAGAUAAUCCAGAUAAAUAAUCAAUUAAUGAAUUGAAAAUGUUUCAAAACGAUGUAUGUACAAAUUUUUA